AUGAGUUCCACUAGUUCCACGUCCAAUAGAAAGAGCUCCACGCUCAGCAUCAACGUUAGCAGAAACAAACCUCUGCCUCCAAUCAUACUGGAUAAUAGCCAGGCCCAGAACCAACCUCAACCUCAACUUCAAACCCACAAUAUCAAUUUCAAUUCUCAACCUCAAUCUCCUUCAAAUUUAUCAUCUCCAACUAUAAAACCUUUGAAUUUACCAGGUCUUACUCUUGCAGGUCCAUCAAGCUCUCAUAGUCCUACUGGUGGUAGUGCUGUUGGUGGUGGUAUUGGUGGUAAUGCUGCUGGUUCAAUGUUUCAACCAAAAACAUUAAAAAGAAGAAAUCUCAAGAAAUUAACACUUAAUGAUGAACAAGAAUCAAAUUCAACCCCAUCAAUUAACUCUCCAAAUCAUAGCUUGAAAAUACCCACUCCAAAUUCUUCAACUUCAAAUAAACAUAAUGAAGAAAAUUUAGAAUUAUUAGAAAAUUUUGAAAAAUUAACUAUAACUAUAAAUAAUCAAUAUAAUUUAAAACAACAAGAUUUAUUAACUUUGAAAACCCUUGGUGAAGGUCAAUCAGGUUCAGUAAGUAAAAUUUUACAUGUUCCAACAAAUAAAACAAUGGCUAAAAAGCAAAUUAUGUUUGAAAAAAAUUUUAAAGUUCAAAAUCAAAUUUUAAGAGAAUUGAAAAUUUUAAAUGAUGUUAAAAAUCCUUAUAUUAUUGAAUUUUAUGGUGCUAUAUUCAUUGAUAGUGCAAGUUCCACAUCAACUUCUGCAACACCAACAACUGCCACUGAGGAAAAACAUAAAGAUUCCAAAGAUGAUUUAAAAAUACCCAAAGAUUUUAAUAAUGAAGUCCCAGGUAUAAGAAGUAAUGGUGUUAUGAUUUGUAUGGAAUAUAUGGAUUGUGGUUCCCUGGAUUAUAUAUUGAAGAAAUUGGGGUUUUUAAAAGAAGUUUAUUCAAGUAAAAUCACCUAUGCUAUAUUACAAGGUUUAAAUUAUCUUUAUGCAAAUCAUAAAAUUAUUCAUAGAGAUAUAAAACCUUCAAAUGUCCUGUUAAAUUCAAAAGGUGAAGUUAAAAUUUGUGAUUUUGGGGUUAGUAGAGAAUUAAAUAAUAAUUCAAUUGCUGAUACAUUUGUGGGGACUUCAACUUAUAUGUCACCUGAAAGAAUUCAAGGUGAUGUUUAUUCAAUAAAGGGGGAUGUUUGGUCAUUAGGGUUAAUGUUGAUUGAAUUAUCAACUGGUGAGUUCCCCUUUGGUAAAAAAGAUACACCAAAUGGUAUUUUGGAUUUAUUACAAAGAAUUGUUAAUGAAGAACCUCCAUCAUUAUCGAAAAGUAAAUUUAGUAAAGAAUUAUGUGAUUUUGUGGAAUUAUGUUUAAAAAAGCAAAAUGAAAGACCAACUCCUUUAGAAUUAUUACAAAUGCCAAAAAGUUUUAUAACAAAAUAUCAAACUGAAGAUUCAAGACAAUUAUUAAGACAUUUGGCUAAAAAAUUAAGAAAACCAAAGAAAUAA